GUCUGAAGGAGCACUGGUGUAAGGUGUUAAAAGGUUACAAAGCUGGGAAAAAAUGAAAUUUGGGAAGUCUGCAGUUACUCAUUUCACUAUCCUAACACUGGGCGUGCUACAAGCUUCCUUUCCAUGUGAUGCGGGCAAUGUAAAGAUCGGCGUCCCGGAGAACUAUGAUGGUAUUUUCCCAUGGUACCUGGCCAAGCUCCACGACUUGCCCAUGACCUACACGGACCUGGUGUUGACGGGGGAUGACGAGGGCACGUUUGGGGUGGAAGGGGGCAUGCUUUAUGCCCUCAAACCACUGGACAGAGAGAAACAGCCAUCUUAUUCCCUACAGGUGUCCUUCACCACAGCGGUGCGCACGCAGAGCUUCACAGUGGAAGUGUGUGUCAUCGACAAGAAUGACAACGUGCCACAGUUUAUCGAAGAGAGCAUGCGGGGGAGUGUGCAGCUGGGUCUUCUGAAAGGCAUUCCCUUCAUGCAGGUGGAGGCCUCUGACCGUGACGAGCGCAACACUGCCCACGCCGAGCUGCGCUUCAGCCUGAUGGACCAGACGCCGCGCAUCCCCACCAGCCAGAUGUUCCACAUCGACGCCGAGAGCGGAGAGGUGUCCCUCACCGAGGACGGCGCCUCCACGUUGGACCCUGAGAUGUGUGGGCGCUACAAACUCUCAGUGAUGGUCAGGGACAUGGCAGGGAAAGCCAACGCCUACUUUUCCACCGGCAUUGUCAUUGUGGAAGUUACCGGAAACACCUGGGCCUCCCCGGAUCCUGUGAGACUACAGGAGAAUCUCCCAGGCCCCUACCCCAUACCCAUCUCUCAGGUGAAGUGGAGUGGGAGUCUGGUGGAGUAUAGUCUGGAGGGGGAGUUCCCAGAGAUGCUCUUCACCAUCAGCAGAGAUGGAGUCAUCUACCUCAACGCCCCCCUUGACCGGGAGACCCAGGAUCAGUUCCAGAUCAGCAUAGUGGUGGAGCGUCCUGACGGGAGGGAGAUAGCCAAGCCCGUGGAGCUGCGGGUGAUGGUGGGCGACGCCAACGACAACCGGCCCACCUUCCCUCAGACUCAGUACCACGCCGUCGUCAAGGAGCUGGCAGUGAAAGGUACUGAAAUCCUCACCGUCCAGGCAGCAGACAACGAUGACCCCAAGACAGAUAACGUCCGCAUCUCCUAUCGGUUGGUGGGACAGGUUCCAGAGAGCCCGCGGGCCCUGUUCCGAGUGGACCGGGACUCCGGGGUCAUCACCCUGCAGGCCGACAGCAUGGAGGGCACCUCCCCGCAGUACACCCUCACCAUCACCGCAGAGGAUGCCAAGGGUUUGAACAGCUCGUGUACAGUUGUGAUCACUGUGCAGGAUGAAAACAACAAUCCGCCAGUCUUCUCCCAGCAUGAGUACGGCCCCUACUACUUGGCGGAGGAUGCUGUGGUGGGCACCACGGUGACGACGGUCUGUGCGUGGGACGGUGACGAGCGCGGUGGCGACAGCUGGCUGGUGAAUUACCGGCUGGAGUCGGGUAACGAGGAGGAGGUCUUCGCGCUGGUAACGGACAGGCAGACAAACGAAGUGUCGCUGGUGCUGGAUAAGGUUCUGGACUUCGAGCGAGAGAGUGAGUACAUCCUGGUGGUCAGCGCCCAGAACCCCGUGGGUCUGGUCCGCGGUCGCUAUGGCCCAGCGUCCACAGCAACAGUCUCCAUCUUCGUGGAUGACAUCAACGAGGGUCCGGUGCUGUCUCAAAGCCAUUAUGAGGUCACCGUCAGGGAAGGGGAGGAGCCGGGCAGGGUCAUCGCUACAAUCAGGGGUUAUGACCCCGACUCUCAUCCAAUCAGGUACUCUCUGAGAGGGGACACUAAGCGCUACUUCUCCAUUGGGAAAUACUCCGGCGAGCUGAAGACAGUGCAGGCCCUGGACCGAGAGGAGAACAGCACCUACACCAUGGAGGUGGUGGCCGAAGACGGAAGGAACUCCUCCUUGUCGGCGUCCACCCUGGUGACGGUGCACAUCCUGGACGUGAACGACAACAGCCCGGUGCUGGUGGGCGACUACUCGUGGAAGUACCUGUGCACGCCGCGCUGGGACGAGCAGGCGCUGGUGCUGGCCUCGCGCGACAGCGACGGACCGCAGCACGGCGGCCGCCUCAACUUCUCGCUCCGCGCCGACGCCGCCGUGCGACGCAACUGGAAGCUCACGCCCAUAAAUGAUACACAUACCAAUCUGUCCCUGAACACUCCAUAUCUGCCUCCUGAGGUGUACACUGUGCCUUUCACCAUCUCGGACAGCAGUUCCCCACCACGCAGCACCUUCAUCAACUUGCCAGUGACGGUGUGCACGUGUAACGUGAGGGGCAACUGCCGCAUGGCGGCCAAACAGUUGCAAGGCAUGCCCACCAUCCAGUCUACCGUGGGCAUCCUGGGUGGCACGUUCGGAGUCAUUGGGAUCAUACUUAUCGUGGUUUUCAUGAGACUGUCCUACCAGAACCCAAAGCCGCCUAGCAAGGCCAACCAGGAGAGAGUUCCACUGAAGAUCUCACUCUGACACACACACCCACACAGACACACAGACACACACACAGACACACACACACACACACGCAUUGUUACACAAAACACAUACUAUCAAAUACCUUCUCUAAGUUUAGGAGCAUAAAGUUGUCUUAAAGAGUCACAGCUCAUCACACACACACACACACACACACACACACACACACACACACAC